AGUGUAGUGAAUAGAGCUGCAUUUUCUAAGUUUUGAGUGGCAGUUGGGAGCUUGAGUUGUCGUGACAACCCUGGAGCAUCUUCAGACAACGCAGAGGACCGCUUUCACUCGUCUAUCACAAAAAGAUCUGGUCCAGUUCCCACCAGCAGUGAAGCCCAUCCCACAACAAUUCAUCAAUAAUAUUCAGCUCAUCCUACAAGAGAGUGGAGAAAUCUGUUAAAGAUGGAGUUUGCUGAAGAGGAGAUCGAAGACUUGAGUGAUCAAGGACCAUCCGGAUUAAAACAUGACGAGGCUGAGAAACAAACAGAUCAGAUGGAAAUGAAGGAGCCAAGACACAAACUAAAUGACAUAAAGCAACAUUGUGACUUCAAAACUCAGGACACAAAAGCCAAAAAGCUGCACACCUGCUCACAGUGUGGAAAGAGAUUCCAACGUACAGAAAACCUUAACAUACACACAAGAAUUCACACUGGAGAGAAACCGUAUGCAUGCACUCAGUGUGGAAAGAGUUUCCGAGAUAUAAGAUCCCUUAAAAGACACACAAGAAUUCACACAGGAGAGAAACCAUAUGCAUGCACUGAGUGUGGAAAGAGUUUCCAACGUAAAGAAAACCUUGAUGUACACACAAGAAUUCACACAGGAGAGAAACCGUAUACAUGCACCGAGUGUGGAAAGAGUUUUUCUCAAACAUCAGGCCUCAGGGCUCAUCUGCACAUUCAUCGCAGAGAAAAGCCAUUUAACUGUGAUCAGUGUGGUAAAGGCUUUCAUGUGUCAUCACUGCUAAAACGACACCUGAGAGUUCACUCAGGUGAGAAGCCUUAUGUGUGUCCUUUCUGUGGAAAGAGUUUUUCAUGGCUGGACAAUUGUAAAAACCACAUAAAAACACAUGAUGAAGUGAGAGAUCAUGUGUGUUCAGAGAGUGGGAAGAGCUUUACACAAGCUAACAAUCUGAAACGGCACCAAAAACGUCAUAUUGGAGAAAGACCUUACAAGUGCUCGUACUGUGACAAGAGUUUCGCUCUGUCUGCAUACCUGGAAUCACACGAACAAGUCCAUAUUAGAGCGAAGCUGUAAGAGUUUAAAACAUUUAGAAAGCCUUCUCACUUAAAUGAAUAAAAAAUUGCAUGUGA